CAACCCUUUGCUCCCUACCUUUAGCAACUCCUAGCAGAGCUGUCACAUUUUCUAGGGAAGUCUUUUCCAAGCCAGAGGAAAAGAAAAGAAAAGCCUCAGCAGCCAGAUUUUCAGCAUGGCACUGUCACCAUCCCCCUUGGCAUGAUGAUGCGUUUAAGGUAGCAGCAUUUUUAUUAUUCAGUCAGAGCAGCUGGGGGACUCAGCAGUUCUGAUGCUUUGUCUCUUUCGGGUUGGCUUCUGGUGGGGAGCUUUGAUCUGACCUGACCAUGAUUCCCAGGACUGGCACUUUUUGUUUUUUCCCCCCAAUCUGUAGAAAUCCAAAUCUCUCUCUGGUUAUCAAGGAAACUAGAUUACUGCCAGAUUUUGGAUCUGGGCAAUAAGGGGGACUUUCUCAUAGCUUCUCUCUGGAAUCAUUUCUGGGAUAUUUUCCACAGUCAUCACAGAAAACAGGAAUGAACCGGCAGCUAGUGAACAUUUUGACAGCCUUUUUUGCAUUUUUCUUAGAGACAAACCACUUCAGGGCGGCUCUAUGUAAAGACCAUGAUUCCAGGUCUGGAAAAUCUCCUUCGCAGACCCUAUCUCCCUCAGAUUUUUUGGAUAAAUUAAUGGGACGGACUUCAGGAUACGAUGCCCGAAUCAGACCAAAUUUUAAAGGGCCUCCUGUAAAUGUUACCUGCAACAUAUUUAUCAACAGCUUUGGUUCAAUAGCAGAAACUACAAUGGACUACAGAGUGAACAUUUUUUUGAGGCAGCAGUGGAAUGACACCCGGCUGGCUUACAGUGAAUACCCAGACGACUCCUUGGAUUUGGACCCAUCUAUGCUGGACUCCAUCUGGAAGCCGGAUUUAUUCUUUGCCAAUGAGAAAGGGGCCAACUUCCACGACGUCACCACCGACAACAAGCUGCUGAGGAUUUCGAAGAAUGGGAAAGUGCUCUACAGUAUCAGGUUAACAUUAACCUUGUCCUGUCCAAUGGACUUGAAGAACUUUCCCAUGGAUGUCCAGACGUGCACAAUGCAACUAGAAAGCUUUGGGUACACCAUGAACGACCUGAUAUUCGAAUGGUUAAGUGAUGGUCCGGUUCAAGUAGCGGAUGGUUUGACCUUGCCUCAGUUUAUUUUGAAAGAAGAGAAAGAACUUGGUUAUUGCACAAAGCACUACAACACUGGAAAGUUCACGUGCAUUGAAGUCAAGUUUCACCUGGAGCGCCAGAUGGGAUACUAUUUAAUCCAGAUGUACAUUCCCAGCCUGUUAAUAGUCAUCUUAUCCUGGGUUUCCUUCUGGAUCAACAUGGAUGCAGCUCCAGCCCGGGUGGCUCUCGGGAUCACCACCGUUUUGACAAUGACCACGCAGAGUUCGGGCUCCAGGGCUUCACUGCCAAAGGUCUCUUACGUAAAAGCGAUUGACAUCUGGAUGGCAGUGUGCCUUCUGUUUGUGUUUGCCGCCUUGUUGGAGUACGCAGCCGUCAACUUUGUUUCAAGGCAACAUAAGGAGUUCCUGAGGCUGAGGAGAAGACAAAAGAGGCUAAGCAAGGAAGAAGAUGUUGCUCGGGAGAGUCGCUUCCAUUUCAGCGGCUACGGGAUGGGCCACUGCCUGCAGGUCAAGGAUGGCACGGCCAUCAAGGCCACACCCCCCAACCCACCUCCGGCACCGCCCAAGGAUUCCGACUCCAUCAAAAAGAAGUUUGUCGACCGGGCAAAAAGGAUUGAUACCCUAUCCCGAGCCGCUUUCCCACUGGCCUUCCUCAUCUUCAACAUCUUUUACUGGAUCACGUACAAAAUCAUUCGGCAUGAGGACGUUCACAAGUAAUAGGCAGUUUCCCUCCGGGCGUGGGGCCCUUCUUGCCCAAGUGAUGUACUUGUAAAUAAACAGUGAAAUGCUCUUUCUGUCAUUUUGACAAGGUGGGGGGGAGGGGGCUUUGCAGGAAGUGGAGUUUAUGGCGCUAAGGAAGGAAGAGAAGUUACAGUAUAUGAAGAAAAAUGAUUACACAAAACUUAAGACGUUGCAGGAAAAUUCAGCAAGUGGCCAUUAACUCUGAUCUUCCAGAUUCUCAUUUUAUCAACCCAAACCGACAGGGCCAAACUUUUCCCAAUCCCAGUAAGGA